GAACUUGUUGAACAAUGUCCCCUGAACUUUCCCGAAGCUUCCUCACUCGUCAUCCUCUCCCCGCUCACACUCUCCACGAGCUGAUCAUCAGUUCUCCACCUCCACAACUAAGCAAACCUGGGAAAUCACUGCCCGAUCAAAGAAUCAAGGAAAGGUACUACACCUUUUCCGAUUGAGCCUCACUUUUCAUAUCAUUUGCGAGAGCCAUGGACGCCGCAAGCACCGGAGGAGAGACAGCCACCAGCAGCUCGAGCAUGUCAGCGAAGAAGAACCGAUCGCGAACCGAGACGGUCUCUACCGUUGCCUCAUCAGAGACACAACAACUCAAGAAUGCUGCUGCUGCCGAGGAUGAGGCGGAAGCCCUUCCUCGUUGGUUCCCCAUUUGCUGUGGAAAGCCCAUCCUUCAUGGCAAACCAGAAGCUCUGGGCUUUCUCUUGGGAAUGUUGGGGCAAGUUGUUGGCGUACUUGGAGUCAUGACGUUUGUGGUUCCGUCCCUCGUGUACUUUGCAAAGAAAGAAGCAGGUUGUCAAGUUGAGCUUGAAGAAGGGCAAGACGAACUGCCGCCUUGCAAUGAGACUGUCUAUGGCAUCAAGCCGUCUUCUAUGAUUACUACGUUGGUCUCUAUCGUGUCCAUCUGUGUGGCCCUCAUGACUCCAGUAAUUGGCGCCAUCAUCGACACAAGUCGUCAUCGGAGAUUGAUUGGAAGAUGCAUCGCCUUUUUCUACUGUUGCGUCAUUUUGCCACAAGUCUUCAUCUCGGAAAAUACUUGGUUUCCUCUGGUCAUUUGUCUCAUGCUCCAGGGAUGCACCAUCAUGGCCUUGUCGCUCUGUCUGCAUGCCUACCUUCCUGACCUUACGGACAGUGAGGAAGAGUUGAAUGACUUUACCAAAACCUUUACAGCUGUUCCUGGGGGCUUCAUCAUCGUCUUUAUCAUUGCGGUGAUUGGAGCUUCUGUGGCAUUUGACGUAGCUGGUGAAGAAGGGCCGACUGCAAGAAUAGCCGCUCUCUUUGGUGUCAUUGUAGUGGCCAUAUCUCUUUUCAUAUCGUGGGGAUUCCUCCUGAAAGAACGACCCUCUUUGAAUGCUUUGGAAGAAGGACAAUGGAGGUUGACGGCAGGCUUCAAGAAGAUUUACCUCACCGCCGGCAGGCUGUAUCGUACGGACAUGCCUUUGCUGUGGUUCUUUAUCGCAGUGGCGUUGGGAGAUGUCAAGCCUUUGACCGGAAUUGGACUCACGUUCCUGAGUAGUCAACAACAAUUCACCAGUACUGAUGUUGGUUUGGCGGCUAUCAUCAUGCUGGUCUCGGCCAUUCCUGGGGCUGUCCUAUCCGCCUUUAUGUGUCGAAAGUUCAACCCAAUUCGAAGCUCGAUGCUUUCAUUGGUGAUUUUCAGCAUGACUACGAUUGCUGCGUCCAUCUUUCUGACCGGUCCCAACCAAAAGCCGCAGACCUACGUGAUCGUCGGGUGCUGGGGUGUUGUGGGAGGCUGGAAAGUGACAUCCACUCUGAUGUUGGUGGCUGGUAUCAUCCCUGAGGGAGGCGAUGCGGAAUACAUGGGUUUCUACCUAUUCGCAGAUAGUGGGCUUUCGUGGCUGCCUCCGUUGAUCUUCACCGCCAUGAACGAGGCGGGCAUGUCAGAACGACUUGGAGUCUCAGUCUCCACCGUAAUUUGGUAUGUGUUGGGGAUUGGAGCCUACUUCAUGAUGGGAAGUUAUGAUGACUUGAUUCAGAGAGCAAAUCGUCUUGAAGCCCCUGAAAAGGAACAUAUGGCGGCAAUCAGCGAGCACGGAGACAGUCCGUCAAAGCUGUCCAACAGCAAGCUAGCAAUAGCAAUAUCGGAGGAGGAAGCACUGGAAGAACCGUGAAGCCCUCCAACAAACGCAAACUGACUCCUGCGACAAUAGCAAGUGGAUUCAUAGUGACACAUAGAUUACUGUAGAUAUUUCGUUUUUGUUUUC